AUGACAGACUCCAACCCUCUCGUGCUCUACGACAUCUCGUCGCCCCUCCAGCCGCGGUCGUACGCACCUAACCCCUCCAAGGCCCGGCUCGCGCUCAGCUUCAAGCGAGUGCCCUUCACCACCAAGUGGAUCGAGAUCCUCGACAUCCCCGACGUGCGCAAGGGGCUCGGCUGCCCGCCCGUGCGACAGCUCGCCGACGGCUCCGACUUCUACACGUUGCCGAUGCUGCAGGACCCGACCUCGGGCACCGUGGUGGGCGACUCGUUCGACAUUGCCAGCUACCUGGAGGAGAAGUUCCCGGACUCCGGCGCCGGCAGUCUGUUCCCCGCCGACUCGACGGGCACGGGGCUCGACUACGAGAGUCCGCACCGAGACAUGGCCUUCCCGGCUCCCCUGACGACGCGCACGGGAAGUGCGAAGACCGCCCCCUACGCCCAUUUCAACAUGCACGUCGACGCGACCUUCUCGGCGCACGUGGUGCUGGUCGCGUACUACAUGCCGUUCAACCCGGCCACGGCGGAGGCGACGCGGGCGCUGUUCGCCAAGCGCGCCGGCCUGGCGUCGUGGGACGACGUCCUGAUCCAGGGCGAGAUGCGCGCGCAGCUCACGGCCGCCUUCCAGGUGGCCCUCACGUCGCUGGCCCAGCUGUUCACGGUGCACGACGCUGGGCCCUACCUCGAGGGUGCCCGCGCCACCUACGCCGACCUGAUCGUGGGCGGCUGGCUGAACAUGCUCUCGGCCACCAUGCCGCGCGAGGAAUGGGCCGACUUCAAGACCUGGCACGGCGGCGUCUUCGGCCGUCUGCACGACGCCCUGCAGAAGAACUACUUUGUGUGCAAGUAG